AGCGCUCUGGAGGCUCAUUUGAAAACAUUAGCCUCAACUAGUUAGUUUGAAAGAAAAUGUGUUUCUCAAGUUAACAUUUCAUUUCUGGAUGAGAGACAGACAUAUAAAUAAUAAUUUCACUUGAGGAAGGACUCGCAACAUUUAUGGAAGAUCACUUUGGGGAUGUCGCAGACGGGGAGAACUCAAGCAUCGGGUCGUCUUCCCCAGGACACUCCCCUGUCGUUGACCGUAACCCAUCACCACCCCUGAACAUAGAGGGGGAACAGGACGGAGAAGAGGUGGAUGCUAUCGGAGAGACGGUUUACAGCAAGCACUGGCUCUUCAGCACGCUCACCCGCCUGAUUCAGAUUGUGGCUGAGCACAACGAUGGAGACCCUGAUGCCCAGAUUCACCUGCCAGAGGAAGAUGAGGAUGAUCUGUGUAAAAUCUGGGACAUGGCUAUGGACAAGGAUGUGGCGGGUUUCUUACAAGAGUUCAACGCUGCAGACAUCCUUCUGGGAGUGAUCGCUAAGUCUCGAUGCCCCCGACUCACAGAGAUCAGUGUUGGCAUCCUGGGCAACAUAGCCUGCUUUCCUGACACCUGUCUGACCCUCAGCCAGAACAAUGACCUGGGGGUGGUGCUGUUGCUCCUUCUCGGAGACAGUGAUCCCCCCACUCUGCUAGAGACGUGCAGGCUGCUGCUGACGUGCGUGUCCCACCGGGAUGUGUCGUCCUUGUGGCUGGAGAGGAUACGCCAGCAGGCCUCCGUGUCCUCCAGCCUCUGUUUCAUCAUGCGUAGCUCCACCAACAUGGACCUGUUAGUGAAGGUUGGGGAGUUGGUUGACAAGCUGUUUGACAUGGACGAAGAGUUGAUGAAGACCUGGGUCACAGGUGGUUGUCAGGGAGCUGGGGAGGAAGGUGGAGAGGGACGUCUGGACGUGGCCUCGUCACUCCUGGAGGCUGCCAAGCAGCUCCGGCCUGACAGUCCGGAGGGUUUAGAGGUGUACCUGCACACCCUGCAGCUGCUUACAACCAUCGACGAGGGGAUUCAGGCGCUGGCGGUUCCUGAUGGGGUGGGUGGAGCCUUGUGGACGUUCCUGUGUGAGGUGGUGUGUGAGGACCUGUGUCAGCCUGGAGAUCCUCCUCUCGUCCUGGGGGAACAGAAGGCUCUCCUUGUACCUGCCCUGGCCGUUCUCUCAGCCCUGUACGCCUGUCGAGACCUGAACCAGGAGCACAGCAAAGGAAACACCCUGGUUCCUCUGUUUGGAACUUUGGUGCGGAUCCUGCAGUACCACAGAGAACACCAACAGAGCAAGAGAGAGAACCGGGAAGCAUGCGCUUCAGGAGACAGACUGGGCCAGGAGGGAGAUGGACAGAAAGAAGAUGAGGAGGGGGAGGAGGAGGAGAAGGUGGAUGAGCUGUUUCAGUCCCUCAUCCAGACCACGGCUGAGUUCCUCUCCGACGUCAUCACUGACCUCACCAAGGAGGGGGUGUCAGAGUUGGUGAAGAGCGGAUGCCUGACGGUGAAGACGUGCCUACCAGCAGUACGCUCCAUGCUCCCCCAGUUCAGUCCAGCCGUGCAGUGCUUGGCGGCCAUGUUGUCAGACGCUGAUCCCUCGCUGGCGGACGCGGUGAGGAGGGAGUUUCCCGUUUCUGAGCUCCCUAGAUGACCCCAACGUCCACUUCCUGUUCCUGUCCUGCCCCGCCCACAACCCCCUCCCCUGUUGUCUCGCGUUGACAGAAAUUCCACGGAUGUUGGUUUGAGAGACGAGCGCCGUGUUGGAGGGGAGCCACCGGAUGUGAGACAGUGUGUCGGGACUUUUAAUUUGGAGAAUAAACUUCUCUAGGAGUUUAACACAUGGACGGUACUGUUAAAAACAUGUAAACGUGUGUUUUUGUCAUGGUCUGCAAAAAAGGUAUGUUACACUCGAAAAGAUGCUGUGUUAGGUGUUAGCUUACGUGGUUUCAACUUAGGUUAUUUUAUUUGAUGUGUUAUAUGGAAAAGGCUUCCGUAAAACAUUUGACGAUGUAAUCAAUGAUAGUAUAUAGCCGCCCAUUACUGAAUAUCAUUUGUAAAUGCCUCAUGAGCAUAAUUUAACUGAUUACUACUUUGUAAAAGCAAUGCAACUGUAAACACUUAGUAGUCUCAAACUGGUUCAAACUCAAUUUGACCUGAAUGGUGAGUCCAUACCUUUGUUUAGGAAUUGUAAUGUUUCUCAAACCCUUCCCUUUGGCUGUUUACCAUAAGUUUCAAUUUCAGACUGACCCUUUAAGGCUAAAAUGUAUAUAAGAUCCUCUGUGUUCCAGUGCGUUUCAACUGUACAGUAUGAAGUCAUUGGUAAAGAGAGACAUCCCAAAGUCAUGGAGUGCUGAGUAAAUAAUGUAUUUACAUUUCAACCUGUGAACUCAUUUUAAUAAAUAUAUUUUUAAAACAAG